AGAAACCGACGAUCAGACGCCGGAGAAGAAAGCAAAUGCUCGGGCUUUCUUACGGCGAGAUCUUAGUCAUCAUCGGUGCAACAGCUGCUGUUGUAGGUCCUAAGAAUCUUCCGAUUAUCGCCAGAGCAGGAAGAUUAUUCGGACGAGCCAUUGGCUCCAUCCAAAUGGCUCGUGGCCACAUAGAUGGUGUCAUGAAACAACCUCAAAUGCAGGAGAUUUCGAAAGAAGUUCAAGAUUUGCGAGCACAAGUGGACGCUAUUAGCCAUGGAGCAAGCUUCUCUCUUUUUAAUUCAAGUCCUUUGACUCGAAGAGUUGACAAUCAAACUCCAGAGUCUAAUCCAAGCACCAAUGGGAAUGUUACAUCGGUCAAUGUUGAAGAAAGACACAAGAGUGCAGAUCAUUGGACAAAGGCUCAAGAAUUUAGUGGCUCGGUUAACCUACACGCUCAAGCAACGACAUUUUCACGAUUAUCUGAGACAGCCAACGGCUUCAUACGUACUCUAAGCAGUGAUUCAAGUCUCUUGCCUGUUCUUCCAGUUUCAGCUGAAAUGGCAAAGUUUCUCCCUAAUCGCAAAGAGAGUGCAAGAGGAUCUGAUUUAGUGCUGGAGGCAGUUCUUGAAGCCGAAGUAGCACACAAAGCCAAACACUUUUUCCCACAAGCCGAGAAAGAAACUCCGUCUUUAAAAGGGAAGCUUCUCGGUGAAGGUGACAGUGACAAGAAAGGAGAAAGUUGAAGUCAAGUUUAUGUUAUCAUUUGUUAUCAUUGAUCACAAAAGACCCGGGCAUCGUCAUUGUAGGUAGCGUUAGAAUUGACGAUUCUGGAU